AUGACUGGAAACCAGGAUCAGGAGCAAUUAGUUGAGCAAGAAGUGAAGAAGUUUCAGGUGGUAGUCGACCUGUACUACAAAUACCGGAACAGCCUGGGUUGGGGCCUGAUGACUGUUCUGACAAUAGGGGCAGAGAGCAUCUUCUCCAACGUUGUGUUCAAGUGUCCCUGCAAUGCCACCUGGAACACAUCCUAUGGUAUGGUCUUCCUGUUGGUGCCAACACUGGUCCUCUCCAUCCUAGGCUUUAUGAUGAGAGGACCCAAUGAGCGCCUGCUGGACUCCUGUACAAAAUGUUGCUCAUCUGGUUUCAUGGAUAUUUGCCUCUUUUGCUGGAGCUUGACUUGGACUAGCCUUCUUUGGCCACUCAUGUGGAUAGCCAUGGCACUGGUCGAGGGCACCUUCACUGAGUGUGCCAGCAGUGGGACUGUCUCAACUGCAGAAAGCCUAUGCUCCAAAAUCUUUGCCAGUAGCACCAAGGAUUAUGAGAACUGCGUUAAUGAAUUGCCGCUGGUGCCCUGCAACAAAGCCACGGUGUCUGAAGUGCAAGACCUCCUGAAAGUACUCAAGGCCCAAUCACAGGUGACUGGCUGGAUCCUGGUAUUAGUGAUUAUUCUCAUCUUUCUCAUUAAUGCUGUUGUUAAAUAUGUAUGUCCUACUAACACUUUUAAAGAGGAGCAUUUUCGUUACAUCUAUAAACAAAGGGAAAAUGAUAUAUUCCAAAUUCAAGCCAUAGAACAUGCAUCCAAAUUAGCCAAAGAGAAUGUUCAACAUUUCUUCAACCAACAGUCUGAAAAUUCAAGUAAAAUGCAUUUACCAAAUACUGAAGAAUGGAAGACAAUUUCGUCAUCCCAAACUUCUGAUAAGUAUUAUAGCCCUCUGCACGAAUAUGUUGAAAAACAUAAAAACGUUUCUCAAACACAAUCUUAA